UAAAGCAGAAAGAUUUGAAUUGUUUUAUUUCUCGUCCCUAUCCCUUUCUCUUCAUUGAGGAAAGAGUGUUCCCUAGAUCCCUGGCGUGUUAGUAUCCGAGUGAGGCCACUGCGAGUCCUGUAACAUUCGGGUAGAUCUUGCAGUCAAGAAUGGCGUCAGCUCCCACGAAUCCCAGUAACCCAGUGGUGUUUUUCGACAUCAACAUUGGUGGCCAGGAUAUAGGACGAAUGAAGAUGGAGCUGUUCGCGGACGUCUGCCCGCGCACGGCGGAGAACUUCAGGCAGUUCUGCACGGGAGAGUUCCGGAAAGAGGGCGUCCCGAUAGGCUACAAGGGCGCCACUUUUCAUCGUGUGAUCAAGGAUUUCAUGAUCCAGGGUGGCGACUUCGUCAAAGGCGACGGAACAGGCUGCGUGAGCAUCCACGGCACCUCGUUCCCGGACGAGAACUUUAGUCUGAAGCAUACUGGCCCCGGAUAUCUAUCCAUGGCGAACAGCGGAAAGGACACGAAUGGAUGCCAGUUCUUCGUCACCUGCGCCAAGUGUGAUUUCCUGGACAACAAACACGUUGUGUUUGGGAAGCUCAUCGAUGGAUUGCUGGUGAUGCGCAAGAUUGAAAGCGUACCGACCGGCGCUAACAACCGACCAAAGCUCCCGGUCAUGAUCAGUCAGUGUGGCGAGCUAUAGUGACCGCUGCCAUCCACGCCUUGGCCGAAAUGAAUGUUUCCGAAAUGGACACGUUGAGUGCACUAUAAUGCACUCGUACUUGUAUCCGCAUGAGCCCGACUCGAUUUUUCAUUCAAGACGACAUUCAAGGACUGAGCUGCUCAGUGCCUGCUCAGAAUCAUGAUUGGCAGCACUGACUGUGGUGCGUUUGGGGAUGCGUUGUCAGCCAGCAGGGGACACACGACCUGGUGGUCAUCCGAUCAGUGCAGGACAUACGACCAGCAUCUAGUAUUGUACUAGACCGCUUGAACUGGUGCACCCAUUACCAAUGAUGUGCGCAGGCGCAUGCACACGUGAAGGCAACUGCGCUGGCAGGACUUUUCUGCCCUCAGUUUUUUGUCUUGCGGCUGUCAUGGCAACUCAACGCUAUGCUCCUGCGGUUGCCUUAGCAACUCCACGCUGCACUGUGUAGGCUGAACCCGCACACAUCGUUUCUCUCUGAGCUGGAACUCUUCUUCCAUUUUCUUUCGUUGUGUUUGUGUUAACUGCCUUCUGUUUUAAAACGCAUCCUGCACACUAUGUUAGCUGAGUGCAAGGUAUCUUGAUGAACUGGAGGUAUGUUGGGCAGUGCGCCUGCAAGUAGGGCUAGGGGCUCUUGUCCUUGCACCCAGGCGAUACUGGUGCGCACCAUGCCCGGUUGAGCAUGGAGGACCGCUUUGUGUGUGUGUUUGUGUGUGUGUUUGACUGACCUGCUCCCUAUCCUAGCUGCUGAGUGGCGCACUAGUCGUACUGCCAGUGAACAGCCAUGACAGCCCUUGAGCUUGUGAUAUUUGUGUGUGUGUGUGUGUGUGUGUGUGUGUGUGUGUGUGUGUGUGUGUGUGUACCUACAAAUGUAGCACGCUUUGCCCUAUUCUGUUUAGCUAAUUCCUGUCAUGGAACUGUACGAAACACAGGCGGGCUUGUACAUCUCCCUAGCUCCAGCCUUCUUCUUUUCCUCUUUUCUGUGUAGUUUCUGAUGGUUGACUCAUCUCGGAUUCUCCUUGACGAAUGAACAGUUUGGUUGUGGUUGUGGUUACAUUGGCUGGUCGUUGAAUGCCGUUCAGUGCCGUUCAGUGCUGUUAACGUGUCUCA